ACCAUUCCGGGUUGAGCCACAACGCGCCUAACGUGUCUCUCAGUGUAGUGCCAGUUAACUUACGAAAGUUGCAGCCAUGAACAUCACAGUCUUGGUAAUCCUCGUUGCAUUUUGCCUGUGCGACUCGAACGGCGCUUCCGACGGCCGACUCCAAAGGAAACAACAACGCCCCACCCGUGGCUUCAAGAACGUGGAAAUGAUGACAGCUAGAGGAUUCGGCAAACGUGCCAGAACUGAACGCGACGUCGAACAUCAAUCGCCUGCGGAACGUACUAAUCGUGGUACGCCUACAUUUAAGAGUUCAUCCGUCGGUAUCGCCAGAGACUUCGGCAAAAGAACUGCCGAAUUGGAUUUCGAAGAUGAACCUGUUCACCGGAAGUUUAGCCCUAAAGGUCCCCUGAUGGUGGCUUACGAAUUUGGCAAAAGAAGUAAUGGUGAUCUCAAUGAGGAAGAGGAGGAAAUUAGGGUGACAAGAGGAACUUUCAAGCCCAACUCCAAUGUUCUUAUAGCGAGAGGAUAUGGAAAGAGAGAGGAUAAUCCAAAAUCUAAUGAUGUAUACGGUUUGGACAACUUCUGGGAGAAUCUCGAGUCUCAGGAGAAGGAGGCACAAGAUGGUGCUGAUGAGAAGACAUUGGAGAGCAUUCCUCUGGACUGGUUUGUCAACGAGAUAAUUAAUAAUCCCGAGUUCGCCCGAUCUGUCGUACGCAAGUUCAUAGACCUCAAUCAGGACGGCCUGCUGUCAUCGGACGAGCUUCUCAGGAACGUUUAAGGACCUCGAUAUUAUAUAGUUAAUACUUGAUUAUGUUUCGAAUCGGUUACUCUACGGAUAUUUUUAUAUAGAUUAUUUAUUUACUGAGUUAUAACUAUGUUUGUAACUUAUGGUACUGUGAUAUGAUGUUAAAUAUUAUCUUCUUCAUUAAAAAUAUAUAAAAUUAAAAAUUCAUUUUUAAUUUCAUGGCUUUAUUUUAUUUUUAAUAAAUAAUUUAUUUAUGUUAUUAUAUAUUAUUGUAAAUAGAUAUCGAUGUCAAUACGAUGAUGCGACUAAAGUCUCGGCCAGAUAUUCGGGUAUUUACUAGUCGAAGUUUAAACUUGAAAUACGAAACGAAUAUUAAUGGCACUUUAACCUGCCUAAGCGAGAGUCUAAGCGCAUCACAAAUUGUCCAUAGUAAAUAACCUUGUCUUUUUAUUUCUUAGUAGCUAUUCGUCGAUAUAUAAAUGCAUUAAAAUGUCUCUAUGUAAUAAAUUAUGUUCUAUUGAAUGAAUUGUACUUAUUGAUGUUCAAAAUAAAUAUAAGAGACAAAGACUUAAUAUUAUUUAUUUGCUUAACAUUUAUUUUCAAAGUAAACAGUUACACUUAUGUACAUUAAAAUUUUGUUUUUAUAAAAGGGGAAAGGCAUACCUUGACGAUUUAAUUAGCACAAUUAUAAAAAUUAUAUUGUAGGCUGGGUCAAUUGAGAUUAGAUUCUAGAUUCUUGUAAAGCUCUACAUACAUACACUUAUUCAUCUAAAUAGUGUUUAGGAUAUCUGUGGACUAUUCAUAUAUGUACGACUGGGUGCCCAUCAUAUGUCUUAGUUCGUUAUUUAUCACUGUCAAAGUUAAUGAAUGUUAAUAAAUUGGUAUCGAAAAA